AUGGCUCCCACACUCACAUCCAAUUCAUCUCUUUUACCCACCACCCCUCAUUCAAGGUUGACCCUCCGCAACCCAAGGCUAAGAGUCUUUGCUAAGAAGUCACUUAGUCAGCAAGGUGAAGAUGGAGCUACCUCUUCCAAUUCCAACCCCUUUCGUCUCAACUUUGGAAAGGUACCUGAUGUCACAUCUUUGAUCCCACUUACAAGCAACACUUCUUCUCCCGGUUUUUCCUUUAGGCGCAAGGAUCCUUCAGCAGUCUUUGUGGCUGGCGCAACAGGCCAAGCUGGUAUUCGCAUUGCACAAACGCUGCUGAGAGAAGGUUUUAGUGUACGUGCUGGAGUCCCCGAACUUGCUUUUGCACAAGAACUCGCUCGUCUUGCUACUCAAUACAAGAUCAUAUCAAAGGAAGAGGCGAAGCGUCUAAACGCAGUGCAAUCAAGCUUCGAUGAUGCAGAUUCAAUAGCCAAAGCAAUAGGCAAUGCGAGCAAAGUGGUUGUGACAAUUGGGCCCACAGAGAAUGGGCCAACGACACCGGUCUCAACUUCAGACGCAUUGCAAGUGGUUCAGGCAGCACAGCUGGCAGGAGUAGGCCACGUGGCCGUCAUCUACGACGAGAGCAUCGCGGGCGGCUCAACCUACAAUGUACUGGAUGGCAUCUCCUCCUUCUUCAACAAUCUCUUCUCUCGGUCUCAACCAUUGACCAUACAAGAGUUCUUACAGAAAGUGAUCGAAACAGACGUCAAAUACACCUUCAUCAAGACAAGUUUGACCGAUGAUUUCACACCCGAAGGUUCAUACAAUGUGGUCGUCUUAGGCGAAGGAAGCCCCGGUUCGAACGACUAUAAAGUAUCAAAGUCCAAGAUUGCAUCCUUAGUGGCCGGUGUCUUCUCCAACACAGAGGUAGCAGAAAACAAGGUUGUCCAAGUGUACUCGAACCCGAGUGCCCCCUUGAAGCAAGUAGAAGAACACUUCAGCACUAUUCCUGAGGAUGGAAGGAGACAAGUGUAUGCUGAAAUGCUGGAGAAAGCUAAAGCAGAGGAAGAAGCAAGAGUGGCUGCUGAAAAGGCUCGUGAAGCUGCUGAAACAUCAAAGAAAUUGGAAGAAGAGGUGAAGAAGCUUUCGAAGCAAGAAGCACGGGCAACUAGUCUAGCUCAAGAGGCUCAAGAGGCUCAAGAGAAGGCAGAGGCGGCAGGGGCAUCAGUGGAAACCCUCUUGAACAAGGCAAAAGAUUUUGGUGCAGGCUUUUCAUGGCAAAAGUUGAGCUCACAGAUUGCUACUUCAACCCAAAAGGGUGAUGAGGAUGAGAAACCAAAGGUUCAAUUAGCCACUAUAAGGGGACAAGUCAAGGCUCGGAGUCUUGCACCUAACAAGGCAGUGGUUAAACAAACAACUCCAAGAAGUGGUGGUAGUAAACCAAAGGUGGAAAAACCAAAGCAAGAAGGGACAGAAAAGGAGGUGAGGAACGUGUUCGGUGGCCUGUUCAAGCAAGAGACUAUCUAUGUUGACGAUGAUUAG